AUGGACUGGCAACAAGCAGAAACGACCAACAGCUCUGCUUCAGAUCGGCGCGUCGUCUUAGCCAUUGUCCGGCUCCGAGCUUCCGUUCCUUCGCACAGCCCCGACUACCGGGGACCCAUCAUCUUCAACCCUGGCGGACCAGGAGGGUCAGGUAUAUGGUCUCUCCGCGACCACGGCAGAGCCUUGCAGACUAUCGUGGGCACCAUGCACGAUGUCAUCAGCUGGGACCCACGAGGUGUCGGUGCUUCAACGCCGCGGAUCGACUGCUGGGUUUCGGCACAGGAUCGUGUCUACUGGAAUUUGCAGGAUCCAGGCAUUAUCGAUGCCCAUGAAGGGACGGUGUACGAUGCCUUUGCUCGGGCGGCCGCGUACUCACAGGUUUGUGAGCGGAACCUGGAGGAGUCGGGGAUUUUGGAGCAUAGCAGCACGGCGUACCAUGCUAGGGAUUUGCUGGCGAUUCUUCAGGCUAUGGGGGAAGAGAAACUGAAGUAUUGGGGGUUUAGCUAUGGGACGGUGCUUGGUGGGACGUUUGCUGCUAUGUAUCCGGAUAGGGUGGAGAGGAUGGUUAACGAUGGUAAUGUCGAUUACGAGGAGUGGUACAACGGCACGUACAUCAACUUCCUCCACGACACCGACAAAGUCAUGGAAGCCUUCUACACCUUCUGUCACUCUGCCGGUCCCAAUCGCUGUUAUUUCCACGCCUCCUCUCCCCCUUCGAUCAAGUCCCGUCUCGACGCCCUACUUACCAAGCUACAAACUCAUCCCAUCCUUAUUCCCCAGGGCCAGCUUGCAUCCUCAGACCCAACCGAACCCUAUCAUAUUCCCUCACUAGUAACCUACUCCCACAUCCGCCGCAUGCUCUCCACAGCCCUCUACCAACCCAUCCUCCGCUUCCCCCAAAUUGCCCUAGUGCUCUCCAGUCUUGAAGCAGGCGACGCUCUCCCAUAUCACCGCUACACCCUAUCCGACUCUCCACCAUUGAUUCCCUCGUCCCCAAAUACAUGCCAGGCCGACGAUGAAGACGACACAGUUCCUCCUACCCCAUUCACCCCUCUCCAAGAAGAAGAAAGUAACCCCGACGCUUCCUCAGCAGUCAUGUGCUCCGACGCAUUACCCUUCACUUCCACGCCCCACGACUUUGCGCUCUACGCUCAACAGUUACUAAACAUCUCGCAAGCGGCGGGGGCGGUGCAAGCUUCUUUCCGGCUUUCGUGCGCCGGUCGAACCAUCAGACCCAUCUGGAACCCCUUUAACGCUUCUUCGUUAGAGGCUUUUAAGGAUGUAGAGACGGCGCACCCGGUGUUGCUCAUCAACAAUGAAUUCGACAACGUCACGCCGUUGGUUAGUGCACGGAAUAAUGCACGGGGAUUUAGGGGGGCGAGGGUGCUGGUGCAGAGAGGAAGUUGGGGGCAUACGAGUUUGGCGGCGCCGAGUGUUUGUAUGGCUAAGGUGAUUAGGGGAUAUUUUGGAGGGGGGAUGGGGGAAGUGCCGGAGGAGGAUGGACUAGGAUGUUGGAGCGAUGAGGUGCCUUUUGGAGAUGGGGAGGAGGGCGUUCAGAGGAGGGAUAGGGAUAGGGAUAGGGAUGAGGAUCUGGACUUGAAAAGGGCGGUUUGGAGGUUGGCGAAGAGGAGGAGGGUAUAUGGGGGUUUUUGA